AUGCCACAAAUAUAUUUAACAGACUUUGAAAAAGAUGAUUCUAACGAAGAUUUAUUCAUUUUUGAUCGAAUAUUAAAACAACCCAUUUGUUUUACUUUAUCCAAAAUCGAAACAGCUAUAGAAAAAAGUUUAAAUAGUAAUGAACUUGAACGAUUUGCUAGUUCUCGUUUCUUUCAUAUCGAAUAUGAUUUGAGCAAAUCAUUAAGCGAUUUACAACGAUCGAAUUUACUCAAUGGAGAUAAAUUAACUAUCGAAAGUUUAAUCAGUCGAGAAUUAUCUUCUAAAGAAACAGGACCUCAUAUUAUUGAUAUAACAAAUAUUGAACGAAUUCUCAAGCGAUCAUUAACAUUAGAUGAAUUAACUAAUUUAGUAGGUGAUCGUUUUGAUGAAAUUCGUAUAAUACUUCAACGAUCAUUUAAACACGAAGAAUUAAUUAAUUUAUUAAAUGGAAAUUUUACGAAAAUUAUCAAACUAAUUGAUGAACAAUUAAAUAAACAAAAAAGAAGAUGA